UAAAAUUUGAUUUGACAUUUCAACGAAUUACUCAACUAAGCUACCUUUUAUCCAAAAAGAACUAACUCAACAAAGUCGAAGUAAAUGUACAUUCAUUAUGACUAGUUUUUCCACAAGAAAAACGCGUGUAAACAUAUGACGUGUCCAUCUUUCGAGUAAUUGUUGAUAUUUAGUUGAGUUAAAUAAGUUCUUCUUGUCAUGUCCUGUCUUGUCCUGAUCGAGAUUCUAACCCAAGCUUUGGUAAUUUCUCUUUCUCUUCAACUCCAGCUCAUCUUGAUCCGUUUUACAUCCUUGCUUUUUGUUUAUAUUUUGUCUGAUGUCUUGAAUCUCUGUUUUUUCUUUGUAUUUACCUUUUGGUUUUGGCAUUUCUGAAGUCAGAUUAGCUCCAGAUUAUGUCAAUGGAACUCUGUGGAUGCUUGCCAGAGCUCAUGACUGGAGAAUCCAGUUCAAAGAGGAACGGACCAAACACUUUACCGGUUAAAGCUGUCCGGACAGAUAUGCGGUCUAAAUACUCAUCUGACCUAAGUUCUUACACAUCCGCUUGUAUGAAAGACUCCAACCUCAAAUCCUUUGAUUCUUCACUUCACCAACGAACCAACAUAAUCAUCACCUCCCUCGCUGCUCGAGCCGAGACUCAAUCUUUGAACCUAGACUCACUCAUGGAGGUUUACGGAUUUCUGCUUGAACUAAACCAAAAUGCAGUAAGAGUCAUUAUUGAAAGCAGAGAAGAUGUGUGGAAGAACAAAGAUCUUAAGUCUUUGGUUGAUAUCUACUUUAGAAGUACCUCCAAGACCUUAGAUUUCUGCAAUACUGUCGAGAACUGCGUCAAGAGAACAGAAAUUAGCCAACUUAUCAUUCGGUUCGCGGUGAAACAGUUCGAGACAGAGUCAGAGGACACGGAUCUUGGAGAAAAUAACAAGAAGAAGAAGUAUGCGAAAACCUUGGAGGAGCUGAAUAAGUUUAAAGCCAUGGGAGACCCUUUUAAUGGCGAGUUCGUGACUCAGUUCGAUUCCGUCUACGACCAGCAGGUUUUGCUUUUAGAGGAGUUGCGUAAGCAGAGAAAAAAGCUUGAUAAGAAACAGAGGAAUGUGAAGACAUUGAGGACGCUGUCUAAUGUGUUUUUCGCUACUGCGUUUGUCUCUGUUCUUGUCUUAUCAGUGGUUGCAACCACAAUGAGUGCGCCGCCAGUGGUGAGUGCGGUUGCCUCUGGAUCGACCGCACCGAUUGAGAUAACAGGGAAAUGGUUUAGCCAGAUGUGGAAAAAGUACGAGAGAGCUGUGAAGAGACAAAGAGGUUUGGUUUUGUUGAUGGAGAGUAGAGCACAAGUUAACAAUGAAGCGAUGAAGAAUGUAAGAUCGGAAGUUGAUGAACUGAGAAUUAGGGUUUCGUUGAUUCUGGAGACUGUGGAAUUUGCUGUUGAGAGAGAAGAAGAAGAGGAGGCGACGAGACUUGCGAUGCAAGGAAUCAAGAAGCAUGUAGAUGGGUUUACUGAGAAAAUGGAAGAAGUUGGUGAAAAUGCGGCUAAGUGUUGCAAAUUCAUUGCUUUGGGAAGACUUCUAGUUCUGGAACACAUCCUUAGGUUACCCGCUAAUUGAGUUUCGUAAAAAGGGAAGUUAUAAUUUAUAAAUAUCAUCAAUGGUGGCGUUUCAAAGACAUUAGGGUUGAGUAAUGUUAUCACUCAAGCAAGACUCCGAAGUCAAAGAGUUUUUAAUUUUUUUAUCAAUGGUUAUGGGCUUAGAAGUUAGGAUUUUAGGCCCACUAUAGCUUUAUCAAGUAACGUUGCCAAUUUAAAAGGAUUGAUUAAAGAAAUAUUUUUGUGUUUUGUUUAA